GGGAGCAGCCCGAGGAGGAGCAGCAGCCGGGGAAGGAGCAUUGCGGGGUUCCACGGCGAGCCCGCAGCUCGGCUGGGCCCGGCAGCAUCGCAUUGCCCCGCGUCCCGCAGGAUUUCCCAUUCCCAAACCUUAUCUGGAUAGAGAAGAAGGCUGCGAGGAAGCCGAAGAUGCCCCAGGACACCCAGGCAGAGCAGGAGCUGAGGAUGGAGACCAGGGAGGGCAAAUCCCCAUGGCAGAACAUCGUGGCAGAGGCCACUUUGAGUGGCUACAGGGCACAGGAGUGCAAUGGGGAGGAAAAGCCCUGGAGAUCCCACAGGAGGAGGGGCUGCAAACCCAGCCCAGGAUGCUCUGAGGAGGAAGGACCCAGCCUGUGCCAGGAAGGCAGGUGGAGCUCUGGCCAGAGCUCUGAGGUGGUGGUCUAUGAGCAGCUUGAUGAUGGCAAGAAGCCCCACCAGUGCUUGGAAUGUGGGAAGAGUUUCCCCACGAGCUACCACCUGAUCAUCCACUAGAGGAUGCACA